CCUCGAAAGCUUCAGGAAUGGCUCACACGAGCCACAGUUUGACUACGUCUGCUCUAUAAUCUGAGCUACUGACAGCACAUUUAAAUAAACCACAAAGAAACCAGUGUUAACAUGAGUCAUUCCUUCCCAGACCAAACAUCUCGCCCUUCUGAGAGCCACCGCGAGGUGUUGCGGCCUUGUGCUUGGGAGCUUAAAAAAAGUGCUACGCGGUACGCAGUUGUUUACGACGGUAUGACGCGAGCCUCUCCGUGAUUGGAUGAAUCCCCACUGUCGGCGCCUAUAUUUUAAACGACGCCGUAGCAGGUAUCGUGGUCAGUCACUUGGUGAGCGGAUGGCUGGAACGGUGGAAGAGGCGACGCAGCUGCUGCGGGACCAUCUCCGGCUAGCGAGUCUGCAGAACGACGGCGCCCAGCAGUGGCCGUGGGUCCUGGCGCCGUCUCCCCUCGGCGGCCGCGGUAUCGUAGCCAGUCGAGAAAUACUGGCAGGCGAGGUAGUGUUUCAAGAUGUCCCACUGGUGUUAGGUCCACGGGCGGGCGUCCACUGCCCGCCAUUAUGUGUUGGCUGCCAUCAGGGACCCGAGACGCUGAAGCCUUGCUCCAAGGGAUGCGGUCUACCCGUGUGCUCGACCCAGUGUGAAGAAGCUGAUAAUCAUCUCUUCGAAUGCCAGAAGCUGAGGAGCUGGGGUGUGCGGACGAACGGCUCGUGGUCGCCUGAGCUCCUGAGAGCCUCAGUCCCGGUGAGGUGCCUCGCCCUCAGCCCCAUCAAGCGGCAAGUGCUCCAGUGCCUGCAACGUAACAGCGGCUCCCAACAUGCGUUCGAGGUGGACCUUCUGAAACGCAACACUGAGACAGGACCCUCUGCCCAGGAGGAGGACUUCAUGCGUCUUGCCUGUUACGUCAUGGAUGCGACUGCUUUUGAAACAGCACAAAUUCCGAAGGAAAUGAUAAGCAAGAAGCCAGUCGUAUCGACAGAGGAAGAGAGGCCUCUCAAUGGACUGACUCCCAGUCUGCGCGGUCUAUACCCCAUUGCCGCCAUGAUGAACCACGCAUGCGUACCCAACACCCGUCACGGGUACGACGAACGGCAGAAGAUGACUGUGCGGGCAACCGUGGUCAUACCGGCCGGAGCGGAGAUCACCAACACUUACACGUCAUUGCUGUGGGGCUCACCAGCCAGGAGACGUCACCUCGGAAUCACCAAGCAUUUCCUAUGCACCUGUCCACGGUGUAGUGACCCCCAGGAGCGAGGAUCGCGCCUGGCUGCCCUCAAAUGUCUGACGAAGACGUGCAAGGGCUCCAUGUUUCCCUUGCAGCCGCUGGAAGCAGGGUCAGAGUGGCAGUGCGAGCUGUGUGGACGCCAGAUGACGGGGCGCCAGGCGUCCCUCACACAAGCCACAUUAGGACGCCUCCUCAGCGUUGUGGACGGCAGAAACGCCGCUCAAAUGGAACGCUUUCUGAGCGAACACCACCACGUUAUGCCCUCAACCAAUCAGAUACUGGUUGAGGUGAAGUGUAACCUCAUCCGAUGCUAUGGUCACACCAAAGGAUAUUCAUGGACAG